GUUCACGUAAGCGCGCGCGUUCUUUUUUUCAAGUUUAGUGAUCAAAUGUGAAAACGACUAUAUUACUUGUUUUUAAGUUUUGAAAGGGAUAUUUAUAUUUCAUCUUCAUUUUAUUGUGUUUUGUGUUUUAGUGUGUAGAUAUCUUGUUUCGUGCGGAAGGUCUGUGUUUCUUUGUGAGGAUAAUGAAGAAUCAUACGUGGAAAACGAAAAUAGAAACUGCCUUUUCGAUAAUGAUUGAAUAGAUGUCAGUUUCAAAUUCGUACAAUCUUUAUAUGCUUAUAAAGAUUACCUCAAGAAUUAUUGCUGCAGAACAAGCAUCAAUCAAAUUUCGAAAAAGCCAAUGAAAACAUCAAUCGAACGUCUUACCAGUCCAAACAUUUUGAACAUAUCAUGCAGUUGAACAAUCUUGUAACUUUCGUUUGAAGAAUAAUGUGUUAAAAUUCAGAAUAAGAUUUGGCGUUGCCGUCCAUGUUAAAUCGAUUUUAGGUUCUGGUAUAUUUGUUAUAUAUGAAGGUGGAUAAUAUAAACACAAUGUCAGUCAGUAAUGACCUGAGCGACACAGACUCGUCUCCAAAAUUACGGAUGAAGCCAGCUAUCAGCAGGAUAUUCUGCUGCAGCGUGACAGCAGCCUCGGGCUUUGUUGCCGCUUAUGCCCUGGUUGCAUACGCGAUAGCUUUAAUCUACGAGAUAGUAUGGGUGGUGGAGUCGCAGAGCGGAUUGCCGAUACCAUCCGUUUUAUUGAUGAUCUGCUAUUGCAUCAUUAUUACAGCCACUGUCACCUUGGUCCAUGGCCUUAUAUCGAAAAACAACACGUACCUACUCGCGUGGCUGAUCUCAGUCAUACUGGUGCUGAUACCGGAAUGUGCUCUGGUCUUCUAUAUGUCUAUCAGUCAUUGGGGGCUGCAGGGCGUGUACGGCGGCGCCGAACUGGCGUGUUACGUGGCGCGCCUGCCCGCCGUCGUGUGCGGCGUUGUGCUCGUGCAGUCCGCCUAUGCGCUGCGAGAGGCGAGAAAAAGUGAAUAUGGCAACACAGUACCGGUGAGCGGCAGUGAGUUCGACGCCAGCCACUUCGUGCCAGACACACCCGGUGCUUUUACCAAUGAUGGGUUCUUGGCUGAUAACGGUAAAUCAGGCUCGAUGCCAGAUCUUCGUCGUCACUUAGCAUCCCGACAAUCGAUGAACAUGGGCUACCCGCCGAUGAUGCUGCCCCAGCCCCCGCCAGCGUAUUGGCAACACCUCGCAGACCGGCAAUACGCCGCUAGCCUACGAGGAUACCCGAAAUCCUUCCCCCCGCCACAAACCUACGGCACUUGGGUCGGCCCUAGAACCGGACCCUUCGAUAAUCCCUACAAGAGAAGACAUUCGGUCGUAGGCGCCUUUAAUACCGAUGAAUACCCCGCCAAGGGGUACGAGUUCGAAGACAGAAUGGACUGCAAGAGUGAAAUGGCCUAUCCCUACAGACAAUAUAUGUACGACCCUCGAAUGUUUCCUCCAGAUUAUGACCCCAGGUUCUUCCAGGACUUCAAAAGGGAGGAUCCGUAUGGAAUGCGACACGAUCCUUACCAUUUCAGUGGCUCCAGGGAGCGGGUGUACUACGGCAUGAGAAAUAGCCACAAUUCGGUUGGGAAUGAAUCCGAUGACUUGACGAAGUAUAAAGAUGUCGCGCUGUAGAAAAAUCAUUAGACUAAAUUUUUGUUAAUUAAAUCGAAGGAAAUAAUUUGUAAACUAGGGAUUUUACGAUCGUUCGCAUUCGUAUAUGUGAAUAAUUCGUAUACUACACAAAGUCUAAUAUUGACAUUGUAUAUGUAGCUAUAAGAAUUAGCUGCACGUUACUUGAACUGCUCGCUAAAUUCGGUUUCGUCUGUUAUCUAAUACCUACAUCUUCGAUAUCGAAAUGCUUGCAUUUGCUUCAUAAGUAUGACAUUUGUAAAAUUCCUGAUUUAUAUUUCAAAAUGGCAACAGAGAAUGACCUUACACUCAACUAUGUAGCGUUACGCGGAAGUACACGCUCUGAUGCGACCGUGGCGCCGUCUAUAGUGAAUAGAAUUUGGAAAUCUUAAUUUACAUCGAACUUUCUAGAACAUUCCAUCGAUUUAAUGUUAGCUUAUUUGGUGCUUAUUACAUACGAUAAUUUUGUAAUUAAGAUAUUCAUUUAGUGCUAUAUUUUGAUAGUUAAUUUGGAUGUAAAAUUACGUUUUAUAUUAUGUAUUCGAAUUCCUACCUAUCUAGGAUAUAAGUUCUCACUACGAAUAAGUAUUAAUAGUGUUAGUUUGUUACCCAAUAACCAAAGGAUUAUAAUUGCUCUAAUAAAAUAUAAAGGAAAAUUUCAGUCACUAUUUUGUAUAAGAAAUAACGAAGUAAAAA